AUGGGCGGGAACCUCUCGAAAACAUUCCCGGAUACGUCCAAGGACGUCAUCAGCCCCACGGAUGCCGUAAACGAGCUUAUCCUCGCCGUCGCCUGGGCCGGUUCCGCCUACGCCAUUGGCAUGAUCUUCACCUCCAUCCAGAUUAUUGACCGGUGGCGGGGACCUCGCGACGACACGCCCACCAAUUUCUUCACUGUCGUUGCGGCAUUCAUCUUGUCUAUACCAUGGCCAGCUGUACUCGUCAUCCAGUUUUUCAACGACAGCCCCUAUGCAUGA